UACACAACACAUACACACCAUAUUGCUUAUUUUUCCUAGCUGUACGUGAAGGCAGCAUUAAUCACACCGGUGGAAGAGCGCUCGUGGCGCCCGUACCUUAUAUCUGAGGACAGGACGGUAUGAGCUGAAGAAAUCCUGCUGUGUUAUGAUGUUUUGUGAGCAGCUGAGAUGCGAGACAUGUGCGGCAGAUAGGCUGCGUCUCUUGUCACCUAAAGCCAGCCGGCACCACCGGGACCGGACAUUUUUUACAAAGACAGAGACCAGAAGAAGGAGACACAACAUGUUUGAAGCUGCAGGGAUUCCCCUCAUCGUGCUGGACGUUGUCUGUCUCAUCCUCGUUGGACUUCCAUUUUUUAUCCUUACCCCUCAACACAACCCUUUCAAACGGGGGUUCUUCUGUAACGAUGAGUCUAUCAGAUACCCCGUCAAAGAGGACACCAUAUCCUACCAGCUGCUGGGAGGAGUCAUGAUCCCCUUCACACUGAUCGUGAUCGUCUGUGGCGAGUGCCUUUCUGUUUACUUGUCUCGCAUCAAGAACCAGUCUUUGGGGACCAAGUAUGUGGCGUGUGUCUACAAAGCUGUGGGGAGCUAUGUGUUCGGAGCUGCUGCCAGCCAGUCUCUGACAGACAUAGCCAAGUACUCCAUCGGCCGCCUGCGGCCAAACUUCCUGGCUGUAUGCAAACCAGUCUGGAAUAGCAUCAACUGCAAAGCUGGCGGAUACAUCGAGAACUUCACCUGCACUGGAGACAAGUUUCUGGUAGAUGAGGCCAGACUGUCCUUCUAUUCUGGUCAUUCAUCCUUCUCUAUGUACUGCAUGCUGUUCCUUGUACUGUACAUUCAAGCCAGACUGAGGUCAGAAUGGUCGAGGCUUCUGCGUCCCAGCAUUCAAUUCUUCCUAAUUGCCACUGCUGUGUAUGUGGGUCUCUCUCGAGUUUCUGACUACAAACAUCACUGGAGUGAUGUGCUCACUGGCCUCCUGCAGGGAGGUUUAGUGGCUACUCUCACAGUGUUCUGUGUGUCCAAUUUCUUUGAACAGCCAGUGGUCCCAGUGGUGUCACAGGAGGUAGACGCCUCACACACCAGUUUACAGGAAAACCCUUUCAAUGGGAACCACUAUGGCAGCACUGAAUGAAUCUGAGGCCUCAGAGACCAUACUCUUUAGGGCCUUUAUUGUAAAAUAGUCACGGAGGACCUAAAACACAUCAAUGAACUGCCAGUGUGUGAUAUUAACUGCUGGCUGUAGCUGUGCAUUUCUUCAACACAGUUUGCCCUGUGGAGCCAACGCUGCAGGAUUAAGCUGCUACCUUUAGCUGCUACCUUUGGUGUGGUCCUUAAACUUUGAUUAAAGGAAGAAAAGUGCACUACAGAAGACAGUUGCACUUUACUGAGAUAUAAAGAAGCAGAACUUUCUGCCAAGGUUUUGGGUAAAUCCAACAUAAAACAGUUUAUUAUGGAAUGACAAAAUGAAAAAAAACAGCAUGUUGGGUUUACCUUAGAAAGAGUUGCUUUUUUACAGUGUGCGCUUGUUGGAAAUGUGGUUUUUAGUGCAUAUUGGUCUGAUGUUACCAUCAUGAAUGAAUGAAAUUCCUUUUGCCCAGAAUAUAAUGAGUGUCUGUGUGCGCAAUGCAAGCAGGCUUGUAGAGGGCCUGGCACCUGUGAAUUAGAAAACCUGGACUGGAGACGAUGUUGAUAAUGUUCUGCUACCUGCUGUCAUGUCAAUUCCCUGAUGUUAUUUCAUGAAUGAAAAAUACAGUUUGUAUGAAGCUCUCUAUGUUUUGGUCCAUGCAGAAGCUUUAAGCAGUAUUGUUUAGAGCGGUACUGGGAAAAAUGUGUGCUAAAUAAAGAGAGCUCUGUUUUGCUACUUUGUUAAAAAGGA